AAUUUCAGAAUCAUCAAUUUUAUUAAUUAAAGAAGGAAUUACAUUAGGAGAAGAAUUAUAUCAAAAUAAUAUUAUAUCAGUACCAUUUUUACUUGAUGUAGUAGCAACUUAUGGUAGAUCAAAUAUUAAACAAAUAGAAAAAUUUUUAGAUAAUAUUAUUAAAUCAAUUAUAAAAUUACUUCAAGAUUUUGAAAAUCAUUCAAUUAUUAUUAUUAAUUAUAUAAAAGUUAUAAACGAACAAUUUCAAGAAAUGGUAGAUAAUGAAAUGACAAGUAAAAGUGUUAUAACAAAUGCUUUUACUUAUUUAGAAUAUAUAUUAGAUAUUUCAGUUACUUUGGAUUGUUUAUUUAUAGUUUCAAAACCCGUAGCCAAUAUAUUUAAUAAUAGACAAGAUUUUGAAGAUAAAAAUAUUUUCUUAACAACAAUAGAGAAUUUAUAUGAUAUUACUAUACCAAUAAUUUCGAAAAUAUUUAAAUCAACUCAAGGAACUUUAAAUAUUUCUAGAGAUUUAAUUAUUUUAAAACAUGCAUUAGUAUCACUUGCGUACAACACAUUAGAUGCAUGUUAUUUUAGUCCGAUAGGAUUCACAGCCAACAAAGAUGAAGUAUAUUCAUUUAUCAAAUCAGAUGACAAAUUGGAAGACAUAGAUGAUAAGGUUGAAAAGAUGGGUGAUGUGCUUUUAUGGUUCAUUGAAUUUUCUCAGUUGGAUAAGCCUGUUGAAUCAUUCGUAGAUGCACCAUUACUUUUAGAUAUUGAAAUUGAAUUUGAUUUGAAUUAUGUAGUUGGACAUUUGGAAUUAUUGCGUAAUAUGAAUCAAGAAAGUGGCAAAUUACCUUGGCAAAUUCGAUUAGAAGAGAAACAGAGAAGACAUUUUGAUAUGCAACGCAUAUCCCUUAUCUCUCAGGUUCAAGAAGUUUUACCUGAUCUUGGUGAAGGAUUCAUAGAAGAAUGCUUGAUAGCUUUUGAUAAUAAUGUAGAAGUAGUUAUUGAUCGAUUAUUACAGAAUUCUCUACCAGAUCACUUAAAUGAAUUGGAUCGUUCAAUGACUCGUCGUGUUGUGACAAUGACCAAUGAUAGUCCCAAAAAAGAAGAAAGUCUUUUAUCUCAACGUCAAAAUAUUUUUGAUAAUGAUGAGUUUGACAUAUUUUCUGGUAAAAGUAUUGACUUUAAACGUGUUAAUAAAGGAAAGAAAAAUCGCGGCACAGCAGACAAUUUAUUGGAGGAUAAGUCAUUUGUGAAAAGUCACAAAGAUUCGAUUAUAAAUAUUGCUAAUGAUAUGAUGUACGAGGAUGAAUACGACGAUACUUAUGAUACUAGCGGUCUGAAAAUGGGAGGAAUUGACCUUCAUAUGAUUGAUGAGAUUGAUGAAGAGACAGAAAUUAAUAAUUCGGUGCAUGGAAAGGUCGAUCCUAGUAUUACACAUGAGAGUGAACUUAUUAAAACAAUCCAAUCAGAUCCCACCGUCUUUGAUCGAACUAAUGCAGUAAGGAAAUCAGAUAAACGUGCUAGACUUAGAAAUAUUACACACAUGACCGACGAACAACUCGAAGGAUGGAAAGAUAAACUUUUGGAAAAAUAUGAUUUUAGGAACAACCAAGAAGAAGCAUCAUCCUCAACAUCAGAAAAGGAAACCAGUUCUUCAAGAGAUUCAUCACCACAACCUGGAAAAGGAAAAGGCAAUUAUAGUAAUAACUUUAAUGGUGAAUCAUCGCAAAAAAAUAAUACAGCUACAGGUACAGCCCCACCUACAGCACGCGGUCGAGGCAGAGGAAAAAAUCGAGGAAGAAAUGCUAAUCAUGAUAGAAAGAAUGCUCGAGCAAAGAAAAUGGGGAAAGGAUUUGGAGCUAUUCAUGAUUAA